AUGUCGCAAACGAUGAAGUUGCGUCUUGCUUGCCGAGUCAUGCGAGACGGCUCUGCGAAGUGCUGGGGCUAUGGCUUCCAUGGCCAGCUGGGUCAAGGCAGCACAGAGGACAUAGGCGAAGCGCCGAAUCAAAUGGGAAUCAACUUGCCUUCAAUCCAGCUUGGUGAUGUGACGGUCCACCGUAUCAUCACAGGCCUUUAUCACACAUGCGCGCUUGUGCGCCGUGGAGCUCUGUGGGGAGAGUCCUUGACGUGCUGGGGCUUUGGGCAGCAAGGGCAGUUGGGGCACGGACGCCAGGACACCAUCGGUGACGAGGCUGGCGAGAUGGGCUCCAGCUUGCACUGGCUCAAUUUCGCAGGCCUGAAUCCCCAGCAGGUGGUAGCAGGGGCAUAUCACACAUGUGCUUUGCUGAGUGAUGAUACGACCCGUUGCUGGGGCGACGGCAGUAAUGGGCAGCUGGGCACCGGCAGUUCUGAGAAUGUGGGUGAUGAACCGUCAGAAAUGGACGAUUUGCUCCCUGCCCUGCACUUUUCCCAAAAGAUUGGCUCUGGAUUAGAGGGUCUUCGUUUGGUCGGCGGUGGUGGAUACGGCUGGGUUGAGGUCCUGUACAGCGGCUCCUGGGGCCUCAUUUGUGACGAUGGCUGGGACGCGAAAGCGGCUGUGAUGGUCUGUAAGGACCUUGGAAUGGCCGGGGGCCAGACGAGGUUUUUUCAAGGUAACGGCAAAGUUGGCAAAGUCUUCAUAGACAACAUCAACUGCGCAGACGCUCGCCGUAGCAUCCGCGAGUGCACCUUCAGAGGCUGGAGGGUCCAUGACUGCUCUGCCAAGGAAGCAGCAGGUUGGGGCUGCCAAAAAGCAUCCAUCUGCCCCACCUUUUUUCCUUUGUUCAUGUCCGGUGCCCGCAUUGUCCACGUUGCAGGUGUUCAGUGCGACUUGGAUGCAUGGAACGACUACACGGACAACACCGUGCCGGGACCAGCAGGCCGCCAGGAUCACACGACGGUUUGGGAUGCCGAGACGCAGUCGGCGCUCCUCUUCGGUGGCCAUGCGAGCAGCAACUUCCUUUACUUUGGGGAUGUGUGGCGUUUCGACUGGGCCUCACGACUCUGGAGCCAAGUCUCCUCCAAUGGCCCAAUCAGAUCAGGCCAUUCAGCUGUCUGGGAUGCAGCAUCUCAGUCCAUGCUGGUCUUUGCUGGGAGGCACCUGAGCACGAUGUACAACGACCUGUACCAGUUCUUUGUGCAGACUGACUCCUGGCAGUACCUCUCGCCUCCAAGCUCGCCGUUGCCCCGAGCAGACCAUUCGGUGGUCUGGGACGCCAUGAACCGAGCUAUGCUGGUGUUUGCGGGUGAGGGGGCCGGCCACGUACUGGGGGACCUGCACCGGUACAGCCUCACCGCCAACUACUGGAGCGAGUCCUCUGCGAGCCACCCCCGAGCGCGGAGCAGGCAUUUUGGAAUUCUGCCCCAUGAUCGUGUUUAG